AUGGACAUCUGGGCCGGCAACCUCUCGCUGCCCAACAGGGACACAGUCGCAGGCAUCCACCUCGCGACGACGACGACGGCGACGCGCCCCGCGGCGCUCUCGCUCUCGCUCCCGCCCUCCCCGCUCCGCUUUCUGGCGCUGGUCGACCGCGGCCGCAUCCCGCUGUACGUCGCCGCUGGGCCAUCGCUGGAUGUGUGGUCGCCCGAGGAUCGCACCGUGCACUGGUUUAGCGCGCUGUUGCUCGACAGCAGCCAUGAUGCCGCGACGCCCGCACAGCACUGGUGGGACUCCGCGAGCCUGCAGGCGCAGUCGCCGCUGGCCAUCCUGGCGCAGGUCGACCACGAUGACGAUGCGCCCUCCCACUCCGCGCUGCGCGUCACGGAGCUGCUCUUCUACGCGACGCGCGAGCGCGAGCAGGCGCAGCUCACGCUGCGCGCGCUUCCGCUGUCUGCGGACCUCGUGUCCAAACUGCCUUCCCCGCCGCUAUCACCCCUGCCCCAGGCCGAAGAACCGCAGUUCCUGCUCCCGUUGUUCGACGCAGAAGAAGAAAAAUCAACCUCCGAGCUCCGUAAGCGCCAAAGCGUAUCCAGCCUCUUCGACGCCGCCGCCCAGCGCCGCAAACGCGCUAGGCGCGCUGGGGGGGAGAGCGUCGCUGCUGCGGCUGCUGCGCUGCCUCUUGUAAACCAUCGGCGCUCUAGCUCCCUCGGCGCCACCGCAAACGUCAUCAACAACACCGCCCCAGAUCACGCAGACCAAACCAAUGCACCAAAGCCCUCGCGCCCCCUCUCCCGCUCCCCAAGCCUGAGCCUGGCCGCGGAUGCGCACGCGCACGCGCUGUCCCGCCCCCGCAGCCGCAAAGGCGGCUUCGUAGACGCUCAGGGGGCGGGCGCGGGUUUUGGCCCUGGCAAACGCUCUUCACUGUCGCGCGUCGCGACUGCUGAUGACGAAGACGUGACAAAGGAGUCCUCGCUCGAGACCCGCAAUAAAGACACUAUCUCCCGACUCGUCUUGGCCGGCAUGCGCAUGCAUGGCUUGCAGCAAAGGCGGAAAGAUCGGGCGCGCAAGAGCUCGCUUGCUGGUGGUGUGGGGGUGGUGGGUAGGUUAGGGGAGGGAAAUGAUGGGUUAGGGGAAGCGCAAGACGCGGCCGAGGCCGCCAGAGACGCCGAGUACAAGCUCGUGUACCACCAGACGUACAAGGGCGCCGUGUUUGCGCUCAGGCGCCAUGUCGGCUCCGUGCCGUUGCAUGCGCAUGUCGAUGCGUUGAGGGAGACGGUGGAUCGGUUGUUGGGGAUCUUUUGUGCGGAUCCUUUGGGGGGAGGAGGUGCGGAUGAAGGUCGUCCCCCCACCGGCACAGCCGCCGUCCCUCAUUCCGCCGAUACUCACGCACCCGCCAACACUAUAACAGCAACAACCGCACAACCCCCAUUCGGCUCUAACGAGACACCAGCACCAGCAGAAGCCAGCCCGUUCGCAGCAAGCGCAAGUGAACGGAGAAGCAAGAGCAACAGCAAGAGUGGGGGUGGGGGUGGGGGUGGGGAUGGAGCUGGCGAUGAAGAUGGCGAUGGGAGUGGGUUGGGGCUGGACGUGGGCGUGGGCGUGGAGCAGCAAAUGGUGCAUACGCCGCGGAUUAGGCGGGUGGGGGGACGGAGUUGA